AUGGACAAAAACGCCCCAGCCACACUACUAGACCUUGCUGUACGAAGUCUGCUGAGUAAUGAACGUGUAGCUAUCCAUGGCCUUGAAGAGCUCCCAAGAGUCAUGUUCGCUCCGUUUUUCACUGCCGCCUUCUUGGGUGGUCAUAAGAAGGUACUGAGGGAAAUGGUGAGGAUUUGGCCCUAUCCCUGUCUCCACGUCGGGACAUUGAGAGUACGGGAGUCACAAUAUGACAAUUUCGAAGCUAUGAUUGACGGUCUACAGAUCCUUCCUGCCCAGAACUCUUCUUCUUGGGCGCCAAAACUGAGGAUUCUAGAUCACUCUAUUGUGAAAACAGAAGAAGCCCCACAAAGAGUUAGGUGCCCCGGAACUGUAAAUUCAGAGUCUGAGCCUCAGUCAUCCAGGGAACCUGUGGAAUUAUUAGUGAACAUUUCCCUAGAUAGUACCUGGAGAACAGGGCGAUUUCUUUCUUUACUUCGAAAUAAAGUAGAGCAGAGCUUUGGGUCCUUGCACCUCUGCUGCAGAGUUUUGCAAUUUGAUGGAAGGCUUGCCCACGAACACAUCCUGCAGCUUCUGGAUAUGGGAUGCAUUGGUCACCUGAAAGUGGAUGACAUUUAUCUGAGUCAAGUCACCACCCUUUUGGCUCAGAUGACCCACCUCCACAGCCUUAGUAUGUCUCACAUCCGUUUUACAUCUUGUGUGAGGAGACGCUUUGGGACUUUUCUCACCCAUCUUGGGCAGAUGAACACCCUUCAGCAGAUCCGUUUGUAUUCCUGCCGCACGCAUCCGCUUCAGGAACUGCUCAGAUACCUGCCACCUCAGUUGGAUGCAUUGUAUCUCUCUUUCUGUGGACUUUCUAACAGAGGCAUCACUGUCCUGUCCCAGAGCCCUGCAGCCACCCAUCUAAGAUUGCUGAGUCUAAGUAACAACGAGAUAUCCUGGGAACUUUCUGAGUCCUUCCAGACUCUGCUGGUGAGUGUCUCAGGCACCCUGCAGUAUCUAGAGAUAGAUGAUUGCCUGAUGACUGAUUCUACUCUCACUGCUGUCAUUCCGGCCCUGAGCCGCUGUUCCCACCACCGUGUCUUUAGCUUCGCCUCCAACCCCAUUACAAUGCGUGUGCUCACCAGUCUUCUGCAGCACUUAACAAACCUGACGGAGCUGAAGCGUGUAAUUUAUCCUGUCCCUGUCCAUUGCUAUGAACAAUUGCAUAAUCCUCGCAGUUUGAACCGACAGAAGCUUUCUGAAGUGCAGGCCCAAUUGAAGGCGAUGCUGCAGGUGGUAAAGCGGAAUGACAUGCGCUGGACCAGUUCUCCUGAGUGA